AUGAGUGUAGAUUAUCUGCUCCAUGAGAGCCCUGUCGGCUAUGCCGUCUUCAAGGUUUCUAUCCAGCCAGACACCAUUGGCAGUCGCCUCGCAGAAGUACAAAAGGCUGUACAAGACCUCGACAAGUUCGGAAAGACUGUAGAGCUCGUCGGUCUUGCGCCCUUCCAAGGCACUCAAGAUGCGCUCGCCGAAAUCAACGACGUCUCCGAGGGCAUCAUGUCCGAUUUCCUCAAGGCAACGCUCGAGACGAACCUGCCCAAGGCCGGAAAGAAGAAGACAAUUACACUUGGUGUGAGCGAGAAGAACCUCGCGGGUAGCAUCAAGGCCGCUUUCCCCAACCUCGCCUGCGAAACUAGCGACACGUCCGAGGUCGUGUCUGACUUGCUCCGUGGUCUGCGCCAACACAGCGGCAAGCUGAUCAAGCAACUACAGCCUGGCGACAUUGACCGCUCUAUUCUCGGUCUGGGACACGCCUACUCCCGUGGAAAAGUCAAGUUCAGCGUCCAGAAGCAGGACAACCACAUCAUCCAAGCAAUCGCAACGCUCGACCAGGUCGACAAGGACUUGAACACCUUCUGCAUGCGCCUUCGCGAACUGUACGGCUGGCACUUCCCCGAACUCGCCAAGAUCUUGAACAGCAACGAACAAUACGCCAAGGUGGUUUUGAAGAUUGGCGACAAGUCGAAGCUGAGCGACGACGAUCUGCACGACCUCGCGGCAGUUGUCGAUGAUGAUGAGAGCGUGGCGCAAGCCAUUGUGCGAUCAGCAAGAACCUCCAUGGGACGUGACCUUUCUGAGGCCGACAUGGAGAUUGUCAUGAACUUCGCCACGAGGACAGCUUCCUUGGCCGCGUACCGUAAGCAGCUCAGCAACUACUUGUCAAGCCGCAUGAACCAGGUCGCGCCUAACCUGGCUGCCCUGAUUGGCGAUAUGGUCGGCGCAAGGUUGAUUUCCAAGGCUGGUUCCCUAACCAACCUCUCUAAGUACCCUGCAUCUACUGUCCAGAUUCUUGGUGCAGAGAAGGCCCUUUUCCGCGCUCUCAAGACCAAGGGAAACACUCCCAAAUACGGUUUGAUCUACCACAGUUCAUUCAUUGGCCGCACAGGUCAAAAGUCAAAGGGAAGGAUCUCACGUUUCCUCGCCAACAAGUGCUCGAUUGCUUCCAGGAUCGACAACUUCUCCGAGACUCCCACGUCCAAGUUCGGUGAGGCUCUGAAGCGUCAAGUUGAUGAACGCAUCGAAUUCUACGCAUCUGGUGCUCCCCCUUCUAAGAACGCAGCUGUCAUGCAAGCCGCAAUGAACUCGGUAAUGACCGACAUUGGCAUCGAAGACCCCACUGCAGGCGCUAGUGAGGAUGUCGAGAUGGCUGAUGGAGUAACAGCGGCUGCUACUGAGCAGGCUGUGCGCAAGGAGAAGAAGGACAAGAAGGACAAGAAAUCUAAGAAGUCCAAGGACGUCGAGGAGGAUGCUUCUGAGAAGAAGUCGAAGAAGGACAAGAAGCGGAAACAUGCCGACGAGGAGGUUAGCGACAAGAAGAAGAAGAAGAGCAAGGCGUGAUCGCACCCAUGAAAACAUGUAUAUGUACUGGCAUGCGGUAUCGGCGUUCUUGAUGUGUCGGAGUUUCCGGAGUUGAUUGUACGAGUUCUGGUUUUCAGGCUGGACAUGGGCUAUGAGUUCGCGCACCAUCCACGCCUGGCGGAUGGUCUUGCAUAUAUCCUCGAGCUGUGAUUUAAGUUACAAAAGCAUGAUCCUUUCAACCAUGUAGGGUAUAUCACGUG